ACAUGGCAAACAUAAUCAGUGACCCGAUAUGGAGAACUAUACAAGAAAAAGUAGAAGAAGGAAACUUGACUGAAUUGUUGGAUGUUUACACUGUCAACAACUUGGACUACAAUGCUAAAGGUGGAUAUAAAAAGAGUGCAGUACUUCAUGAAACAGCAGAACAAGAUAAACAAGAGAUUGUAGGGUAUCUAAUAAAACACGGUGCUGAUGUGAACACUACGGACAAGUUUGGGGAAACACCGUUACAUGUAGCUGCAAGUGAUAAGAGUGCAGUAGAGGUAGCUAAAUUGCUGUUAGAACAGGGAGCGGAGGUGAACAUUAAGGACUAUGGUGGGGACACACCGUUACAUGUAGCUGCACGUAAGAACAGAGUAGAGUUAGCUAAAGUGCUGUUAGAACAGGGAGCGGAGGUGAACACUAAGAACAGUAAUGGGGAAACACCGUUAUAUUUAGCUGCAAGUAAUAAGAGUGUAGAGGUAGUUAAAUUGCUGUUAGAACACGGUGCUGAUGUGAACACUAAGAGCAGUAAUGGGAGCACACCGUUACAUUAUGCUAUAGAUCAUAACAGAGUAGAUGUAGCUAAAUUGCUGUUAGAGCAUGGAGCGGAGGUGAACAUUAAGACCAUGAGUAAUGGGAGCACACCGUUACAUGUAGCUGCACAUAAUAACAGUGUAGAUGUAGCUAAAUUGUUGGUACAACACGGUGCAGAUAUCAGUACUACAGAUAAAGAUAAUGAGUCAGGUCUUCAUAGCAUGCAGAAGAUAUGGUCCAAAAAUGACUUACAAGAUACAUUCCGUGCUCUUCCAAAUGGCGUAAAUUAUUCUACUCCUGCUAUUAUCGUUCAGGAAUUAGAAAUAAGGGAAGAGUUUGAUGAUGAUGUCAAAAGCAUCUUAAGUAAUAUUCUGAAAGAAGCGAUCGACAAAUUGCCAGGUAUUAUGGAUGAUCCUGAGCAGAAAUUUACGUUUUAUGGAGGAGAUCUAUAUAUUCCCCUCGUUAAAGAAUUCUUGAAACGGUCAGGCGGGUCAGGAGAGACGACUCUUCUACACACCAUAUACAUUGCUCUUCAAGCAAAAACUCUAUGUAAUCAGCCCACAAGAGAAAUGCUCGAGAAUGGACUCGACUCCGAAAUCUAUAUGAAAUUUCGGAAUAAAAUUAAAGAAUUGACAAAAUAUGACAUAGUUAAAGGGAGACAACCAGAAGAACUUAAUGUAAUUGCUCAACAAAUUUACGCAGAAUACAUGAAGGAUAAAAAAGGAUUUAGUUGUAAAGUUAAGAAAUGCUGCAGCGAAGCAUGGAGAAACACGCAAGAUUACCUUAAACCCUCAUUUCAACGAAUGAAGUCGCGCUGUAUGAAAAUAAAUUGUGGUCUGAAGUGUUGUUGUCGAAACGUUAACUGUUUAUUUUGCCUGCCAAAUCCCUCAGCAGUAUACCACAGCUGUUCUGCAAUAGGAAUGAUGGGGAGAUUCUUUUGUCUCUUAGGAAUUGUCGUAUACAUUUUAGACUUGUACACUGAUUUAGUAGUUGGCAUUUCAGAUUUGAACGGAUUUUCCAAAAAGCUAGGGAUCUUUGAGAUUGCUCUGGUGUCGUUCACUUUAAUUCAUGAAAACUACAGAUCUGCUGAAAGUGUAUACAUAACGGAAAAAGAGGUUCUGAGGAUAAAGUUUGGGAGAUUCAUGUUAUCUGCCAAAGAAUGGAGCGAAUCAAACUUAUACAGGAGCAAGAAUAAGUCUGAAAUGUUCUUUUACAGGCUAUGUUGGCCGUUCAAGCUACAGGGAAGUUUUCUGAGUAAGCUAAAAGCGACAAUCUACAACCUCCUGACAUGUUUCCAAUUAAGGCCAGUCGUGGAUAGGUUGGUAAUAUUCCUACACGAACCAAUAAGCUUGCGUGAGUAUUACAGACGUCAAGCAGAACAGAAUAGCUUGAAACAGUUUUACCUGAUUUUGGAACAAUUGCCGGAACUCCUGGUUCAGUUCUAUACAUUUCAAAUAGUGAUCAAUAACCUUUCCCAAAGAGAUAUUGAACAGUUUGCCGGUGAAUGUUACCACUAUUUCGAUUAUCAUUCGAUGAAUACAAACAUCACCAACGACACAAACCUAUUUUGUGAAAAUCUCCCACUAUCUGAUACAGGAUUGGGAACAUGUGGCACUGUGUUUCGUAUAUUCUCAAUGGCAAUUCCAUUUUUCAACAUUCCCUCGGGAAUUGCUUCUUUGGAAGAUGGCUUUAGGAAAUUGGACCCGCUGACUUCUCAAAUGUCCACUUUUUCAAAGAUCAUUUUCCAAGCAUCCUAUACAUUGAUGGUACCAGCCAGGUUGUUCAUGUUUGCAGCAGUAAUGCAUGCUUUGUUUAUAAAGGAGUAUGUGUUUGGGUUCAUCAUCUUCAGAGUGAUAAUGGAACUUUUGGUAAACCUUCAUAGCUACAAAGCGAAGUUAGCGGAACUUUCCCUUUCAAAGCUAUGGCGAAAAAUUCUUUCAAUCUUAUGGCGAAUGGUCCUGUUUAGUAUCAGAGAUGUGUUUCUAAUAUCGAUAAGAAACCCUGAUGCUUACCUCUCAAAACCCUCAGACGUUUCUUACAAGUCAUUGAGAAAGAGGAAAAAUCUAGCUGUCCGUGCAAUCCCAUUUAUCUGCGAGGGUUUGGUCGCUGCUUUGAUCAUCGAACAAAGAUAUCCGUGCGGUAAGCAUUUCAACUAUUUCAAAUAUUUGGGCUGGUUUUGUAUAAUUCCUUUAGUGCUCUCGGUAUCAGCAAUAGUCAUGGUUUCAGACCUUUUCCAUCCAUUAAAAGGAAGAUCUUCGUCACUAGGAAAAGAAACACAAAAGCUCCUUCUCGCUGUUUUCAUCAGUAUUAUGGGGACUUUCAUUGUUAGUCAGAAAAGAGGGUCAGUGGAACUUCUGGUCAUGGGUCUGGCAAUUUUUCUUCAUAUCGUCCUUGUUGCUGGACUCUGUCUGUUUGUCAAGAUGUCCAACAAAAGUAAAGAAAGUAAAGAAACUCCGUACACACCUUUAGCUACGUCAACCACAUCAGUCGACCACCCUCAGUCGACUACACUAGUCUGAUGAAUUACCUUUUUGUCCAUUUAAUUCAUCCUCGGCUUUCCAGAGCCAUAAAAACUGUGUAUUUAAAACUAUUUGCUGAGCAAAUAUCAAUUUAUAGACUGUAUCAGUCUUCUCAAAGCAAUAACAAUGAAGCAAAAAUCAUUUCAUCAGCAAAAUUUCCCGCUGUCUUUCCAAAAUCAUCUAAAUGCUUUAUUGAGU